UUGAAUUCAAACCCCUUCCUCUUAGUCAUCUAUAAUUACACAAUGUGAUUUAAACAUGUGUAAACUAUGUGUAAGUUUAUGCGAUUUUAAUGCCAGUGUCAAAAAUAUAUACUCAUUUUUAAGUAAUUCGCGAUAAUUGUAUCGAUAUAUAAAAUUCAAAAUUCGAGCAUUUCAUUAAUCACAAAUCCCAGGUACAAAAGUAAUUCCAAUCCCAAUAGGUGUUGGUAUGCAGAGCCUUCUAAAUCAGAAAUAUUAAAGUAAUAUUCAGUAUCUUAUCGCCAUUUCUUACAAAUUAUAUUCCAUCACACCCAAUACACUGGUUCUUAUGUAAAAGAACAGGACAAUAUGGAUCACAAUUUAUCUCUGUGUAAUAAACAAGGUGAAGUAAAAUCAACCUCGUCACCUGUCCAACCUCCUAUUCGAUAUCGGCGGCCCCAUCCUAGACAACCUGGACGCCACCAUUCAACAAAGAUCCGUGAUAACUCGCCACCCCGCAAUAUCCACUCCAAUAUUCACCCUUCCGAUCUCGAACGACUAAAAACCCUUCCCCCAUCGGACUUGUUAUCUCAACUAGUGUCCACGAACUCCAUCACUAUCCAAGGUCGUGAAACACAUUCCAUAAUCCUUGCCCAGUUAACGAAUCUGCUGCAGCGCAAGUUUAUGAAAAUCAAACUGAACCCGAUCAGCUCAGUCAUAGGGUACGACACCUCCCAGGUGGAAAUCCUGGUGGAAAACUUUUCCGAAAAAGACCAUAGCAAAUGUGAGAUCAACAGUGUUGCCAGUCAAGUCGCACAAAUUCUGCGAACUUCUAAUCUCACCCAAGUACGAAUUGACAACGUUCAACUCUUCCGGAAAGAAGGAUUUCAGUCCAUGCGUUUUGUCGCUAGGACGAGCACAAUCGGUGAAGCGGAUGUAUUCCUAUCUUUUGUAAAUGUGGGACAAGUCCAGUUAUCCAGAUUGGUUACUUUCUACCUAAAAUUACACCCUGUAAUUGAACCCGUCACGAAAUUGGUGCAAUUGUGGGCGGAUUAUCACCAAUUUUAUGAAAUAUCUAGGGAAUGUUUAACAUGGAUGGUGUUAAUGUAUGCUGGGUAUGAGGAAAUCAUCCCCUCGGUGGCUAGAAUGCAGUCGUUUUUAAAGUAUCCGGAGGAUAAAGUUAAUGGAUGGGACGUCACCAUACCACUUCAAACUGAUGGAGUCAAAAUCCUCUCUGAAUUUCCACCAAGUAUUCCAACAAACUCAAGUGACGAUUUUGCCGCAACAGUGAUGGAGCUGGUUAAGGAAUUCUUCCAUUAUUACGCCAAACUUGAUUUUGAGAAAGAUUUCGUUUGUACAAACACCUUACAAAUUGUGUCCAAGACCGCCCUAGCAGCGGGAUCCAUGCCCAAACCACAUGAAGAAGAAGGCAUCCUAAAAUAUUUCAAGUGGUUUGGUAACAAACCAAAAAACGAGAAACCACUCUUCGAUAUUCCGACCUCUUUUUGUAUUCAAAAUCCACUCUGUCUCAACCACAACUUGGCUAGAGGGGUGAGGAAGGAAAUAAUCACCCACUUUCAACAUGUGUGUUCAACCACGUACAAACAUAUGGAAGCAAACCCUCCAGUUAUUUCUUUCUUUGAUACUUUGUUCCCAAUUCCUUCCACAUUUAUGGCACGUAUCCGUCCAAAAAAAUACAUCCCGGUCGAAGAUUUGCAAAAUAUUGUGACUCUAGUAUACACAAGUUUGAAGAAAUCAUCACCCCAUGAGACCUGUGCCUCUGGUUGGCUCGGAUUACGAAUCAAGCCCCCAAAAAACUUUGUCUACCAGUUUGCAUUCUCCAUGAACGAAUUGAAUAUCACACAAGUAUUAGGUUCCUGGCUACUCUUUCGGAAACUUGAAAUUUUCUGGGGGACAAUGGUAGACGAUUUUCUGCAAACAUUUCUACAGAAAUCUUUUAAUACAGUGAUUACACAAAAAGAGCAAAAUACGGUGGAAAACUUGAGAUCAAAGCAACCCCGCAAGUCUCGCAAAUACGUAGAAAUUUUGUUUGCUAAGACCAACCCUGCUACACUUCAAUGUUCUCCGGACAAAUUCCGUAAAGUAAAUAUCUCGUCGAAAACAAGUGUUGUUGAAAGUUUGGAGAAAUUGAUACAGCCCAUUGUGGGAUUUAUGACUUGUACCAUUCUAAAAUGUACGUGCUCAACGCCACUUGUGCAUUUAAAAUUCGAAAGGGAUACAAAUUGUGGGGAAAUCCUACCUCCUGCGAAAAGGAUGGCAAUAGAAAGCCCUUUCGACCAAAUGUGCGAAUCUCUUCACCAAACUGAAAAUACUGGCGACGAGCCACUGCAUUUUGAAAUAUUCGUCAAAAUGGAGUCACAUUUGGGCUACUCGUUACCUAUAAUCGAGGUGGUGUUCAGAUCGGUGGAUGACAAAGAGAUGAAGAGUAUACAGGUCCUUGCCGAAGCGAUUUCGCAAAGUUUCCCAAAGUAUGCGAUGGACAGGCUUCGGUCAUUGUUAAGGUGCGAAGAUUAAAUGGGUGAAUUAAGGAGAAAGUACGCCAUUAAGCAACGAAUUGUUAAGAUUUAUCUAAA